AAAGACCGCAGAUCUAUUGUUACAGAAUGGGAAGGUCUCCAUGCUGUGAUGAGAAUGGACUGAAGAAAGGACCCUGGACACCCGAGGAAGAUGAAAAGCUCGUGCACUAUAUUCAGAAACAUGGCCAUGGAAGUUGGAGAGCCCUCCCCAAACUUGCUGGGCUUAACAGAUGCGGAAAGAGCUGUAGGCUAAGGUGGACCAACUAUUUAAGACCUGAUAUUAAGAGGGGCAAAUUUUCUCAAGAAGAGGAGCAAACUAUUCUCCACCUCCAUUCCAUCCUUGGAAACAAGUGGUCUGCAAUUGCAUCUCAUCUUCCAGGCAGGACAGAUAAUGAGAUUAAGAAUUUCUGGAAUACUCAUUUAAAGAAGAAGCUGAUUCAGAUGGGCUUUGACCCAAUGACUCAUCAGCCAAGAACUGACCUCGUUUCCAGCUUGCCCUAUCUGCUGGCUCUGGCCAACAUGACGGACCUAAUGCAUCAUCCAUCACUGGAUGAACAAGCCCUGAAGCUACAAGCUGAGGCAGCACAGUUGGCCAAGCUUGAAUACCUUCAUUAUUUACUCCAAUCCACAAGUUCCUUGACUACCGACUCCUAUGACCAGAGUGCCAACAUCGCUAACAUGGAAGCCCUCAAUUUGCUAACUUCAAUGUCUAAUGUCAACGAGAAUCCAGUUAUAAACUGCCCACAAAUGGAUAACGCAUCCUUUUUUUCUAAUGGGAUUGCUGGCUCUCAACCACUCCACCACCCAAACAUGUUAUCUCAAGUCUCAGACCCACAAGUCUCUUUCAGUACUUCCCAACCAUGUUUGAAUAGUGAGAAGAAUCAGGAUACUAAUAAUAACUUUACAAUGGUUAGCGAAGGGGAUAACAUUGGCAAUGAGUCUUCAUGGAUGAUUCCGUCUCCUGCUCCAUCUGUUCACCCAACUGUGACAGGGACCUCAUCAAACAGCAAUCCUGGAGAUGCCAGCAGCCGCACCUCAAGCUAUGGAGGAGGAACCUCAUUUUAUUGGCCUGAACUCUUUUUCGACGACCCAAUUAUACAUAAUGCUUGACCCGGCUUAAUCAGUAUUUCAUCCGUGUGUUAUUUAUGCUUUUCAUAGUUUUCUCACGCCAAAGCCUAAUGCAUAUAGAGAUGCUAUACAUACUUCGGAUCAGUUAGUUUGAACUAUUUGGCUGAAUGCCACUGCCAUUUUAUUCAACAGUGUACACUUUUUUUUUUUUUCCUGAAUUAAACUUGGCCUUGAUCUGUUUUGUUUGAUGAUUUACCCUGUUCAAAGGAUAUAUAUUAUUUGG